AUGAAGGAGGAAGAGGAGGAAGAGUUGGAGGAGCUUGAGAAGGUGGAAUUGCUGGAGGAGGAGGUGGUGGUGGAAGAAUUGGAAGAUCAGGAGGUGGUGGAAGUGGCUGAGGAGCAGGAGUUGGAAGUACUGGAGGAGGAGGAGGUGGAAGAGGUGGAGGAGCAGGAGGAAAUGGAAGAAAGAGAGAAGCAGGAAGAGGUGGAAGAGGCAGAAGAGCAGGGGGUGGAGGAAAAGGAGGAGGAGGAUGAUGGAGAAGGGCCAUCUUCCAGUGUUCUUCCUUGGCCCAACCAUACUCGGCGCAAUAACUUGUCUUGCACCUUAUGGAGCAACAUAUAUGGAUCGAAUGACCCAGAAGAUGAGAGUCCGCUCAUCUUUCCGCCUCCAAUAGAGAGUGAAGAUCUGGCCCCUGAGCCUUUGGGGGAUCAGAUCACUGAAUUGGUGCACACCUUGAUCUUCAAGCAUGGGAUUAAGGAGCCCAUCACAAAAGAAGAAAUGGUUGAGUUAGUCACCAAGGAGUAUGAAGAGCUUCUCCCUACCAUCUUGGAGAAAGCAACUUCAUGCUUGGAGGUGAUUUUUGGCAUUGAUGUAAAGGAAAUGGACAGCAAUACCUAUGUCCUUGUCAACUCACUGGGCCUUACCUUUGAAGAUAAGUUGAAUGAUGCCCAGACAAUGCCUAGAAAUGGGCUCCUGAUCAUGCUUCUUGGGGUGAUAUUUUUGGAAGAAAACUGUGCUCCUGAAGAGAAAGUAUGGGCGUUUCUGAAUAUGGUUGGAGUGUAUGCUGGGCAGGAGCACUUCAUCUAUGGGGAGCCUAGAAAGUUCAUCACUAUCGACUUGGUGCAGGAAAACUAUGUGGAGUAUCGCCGGGUACUCUACAGUGAUCCACCACGCUUUGAGUUCCUGUGGGGGCCAAGAGCCCUGGCUGAAACCACCAAGAUGAAGGUUCUAGAAUUUAUGGCCAAGGCCAAAGGGACUGAUAUAUUUUCCUUCUCUGAUUGGUAUGAAGAGGCUUUAAGAGAUGAGCAUAAUGACCAUUUUGAAAGUGAUCAUGCAGAUGGUAAUAAUCCCCUUUUUGUCACAGACCAUUUGGAAUCCAUGCCUCUUGGUUCAUAUGAAGAUGCUGAGUUUGAACUUCCUCUGUUUGAUUUUGAAGUGGGAAGUGCAUAUUUUCAAUAA